AGUUUGAUAAAACACUCACAGUUGAUGUCAGUCGCUAUCUGCGUUUCCAGCCAGACGUAUCACGCGUGAGAUCAGCGAUAAACCAGCACAAAACUAACCAGCCAUACAGCCCCGAAACCGAAAAGGUUGGAUGACAUCGUCGGUUGAACUUUUAAUACAGCUAGCUCGUUUUUUUCUACCAAUUUCACUCCAGACGAGUCUGUGACAACUGAGCAGCCAACGUCCGUGUUUGUUUUUUUAUAGCAUAAAACAUUUAGCGUUUAUUUGGAAACUUGUCACAAACGCUAACGCUAGCCAACUUGUUUUGGGUUUUUUUUUGCCAAACAGAACAAUACUCGACUUAUUUUAUAUAUAUAUUAUAUAUAUGUCAGGCAGCCCUUAUUUUUCUUUUUGUCAACAACCCGCUUUUUUCCCCUCGAAGAACUACCUAGAAAACUAACAUUAGCGAACAGUUUGCUUUAAUAAAGAGGGCAAAGCAAACCUUAGCUGUUAGCCUCAAACUAACCAGCUAACGCCAACCUGAACCAUUGUAACUAUCACGGGGAAAAGAAGCUGUCCUUUUAACUUUUAAAUAGCCCGUUUGACACAUUGCAGGAAACAGUUCAACAUUGCCUCUCGCCUUAUAAACUAACCAGUGACAGAGAGCAGCGAGCCAACUGACUGUCAUAAGGAGAGAGAGAGCCAGUGGUCGGACCUGAAGCAGGUUGUGUACAGCCACGGAGUCCCACAUCGGAUUGUUUUAUUAUCAGUGUUAUUAUCAGGGUUAUUGUUGAAAAUGGCGGCGAUCGGAAUGGUGCAGAUGUUGAUCGAAGCAGCCGAGUACCUUGAUCGCAGGGAACGAGAAGCUGAACACGGCUAUGCCUCCAUGCCACCCUUCAUCAGCAGCCGGGAGAGGGAAAGCUUGAAAAGGAAAAGCAAAAGCAAGAAAAACACAAGUAGCAGGUCUACGCACAAUGAAAUGGAAAAGAACAGACGGGCGCAUCUACGACUGUGUUUAGAGCGCUUAAAAUCCCUCGUUCCUUUGGGACCAGACGCUAACAGGCACACCACCCUCAGCCUGCUGAUGAAGGCCAAAGAUCACAUCAAGAGGUUGGAGGAGAGCGACAGGAGAGCUCAGCACACUGUAGAGCAGCUACAACGGGAGCAGAGACACCUGAGGAGGCGUCUAGAGCAGCUGGGGGUGGAGCGGACCCGCAUGGACAGCACCGGCUCCACCGUGUCCUCAGAAAAGUCCGACUCUGACCAAGAGGACCUGGACGUGGACGUGGAGGGGACGGACUACCUGCUGGGUGACCUGGAGUGGAGCACCAGCAGCGUGAGCGACUCAGGGGACGAGCGGGGCAGCCUGCGCAGCAGCUGUAGCGACGAAGGCUACUCUAGCGCCAGUCUGCUGCGCCUGCAGGACACUCAGGAGAUGGCCAAGAAGCUGAGCUGCACCCUAUAAACAGCACUGGUCACCGACCAAGCACCCGCCUCCUCCUUCCCCUAUCAUCCAAUCCCAUCCCGAGAUUGUGUCACCACACCCUGGUCCCGCUCAGACCUAAUCCACCUUUACCUUCCCCUCCUCCCUACAAGGACUGACCAAGUCUGAGGCCUCUCCUCCUUUUCCUCCUCCUGCCGGGCCUCUGCGGACCCUCCCUCUCCCCCCGCCCCCUCACA